CUCUUUUUUUUUUUUCUGCUCUCUCUCUCUCUGUCUCUCUCCGCUUAGACAAAAACAUAUAAUUAGAGUAGGGCUUCUCUAAUUGAUCGCGCUCCUAACCACCGCCGCGCACUAUUUUACGCUCCCGGAGGUUACCCUCUUAUCCCAUUCCCCCCUUUCAUUUCAAACCCUAAUUCACAUCACACUAACCCUAAUUGAAGGAAAAAUCAUAACCAAAAGGAAACCGAGAUCGAUCGAUCCAUCGAUCGAUCAAAGCUGAAGCAUUUUUUUCGAUCAUCACUCUUAGGGUUAGGGUUUCAAGGUUCGAUUUGAUUCGAUCUUCCACGAUUUAGAUCACUAGUAGAAAUCAAAAGUGUUAGGGUUUUCAUGCUUUGGCGAUUCACACUUGCGGUGCGACUGCGAUGGCAAAUUCCGGCACCAAAUAUGUGUCUGUGAAUCUCAACAAGUCGUAUGGACAAAACUCCGCCGCUUUCGGAUCCACCCGAACGGCGCGACCCGCCGCUGGGGGUAUGGCGGUUCUCUCCAGACCUCGAAGUUCGCAAAAGGCGGGGUCGAAGCUUUCCGUUCCACCCCCCUUGAACCUCCCUUCGCUGAGGAAAGAGCAUGAACGGUUCGAUUCGCUUGGAUCCGGUGGUGGUCCGGCUGGAGGAGCCGGUUCGGGUAGCGGUUCAAGACCAUCUUCGUCAGGUGUUGGUUGGACAAAGCCUGCUGCGGUGGUUUUGCAGGAAAAAGAGCCGAUUUUUCCAGAGGAUGUGUCCCGGCCGGUUAGUAAGGUGGUUGGAGCGGCACCUCCUCCACCUGUUUCGUCGGCGGUGUUGAGAAGAGAGGAUUUUCCUUCAUUGCGUGCCACGUUGGUGCCUCCUGCACCUGGUCCUGGCCAGAAUCAGAAGAUCCAAGAGAAUUCGAAUCAGAAGCCUAAGAAUGAGAAUGUAUCUGUUGAACAGAAGAAGGGUAAGGAUGUGAAUGCUGAUGCUGAUAGUAAUACUUCUUCACUUGUUAAUAAUGUGAACUCUAGGUAUAAUGUUCCUCGCACUGGGAGUUUUCUCGGUGAAAAUGGCCGUGAAAAUCGAAGUUUUAUUGGCUCUCGUGGGGCGAAUCAAAGCCGAGGUGGUAUGAAUCAAGAUGAGUUUUUUCCGGGUCCUUUGCCUCUGGUAAGGUUGAACCCGAGAUCUGAUUGGGCUGAUGAUGAACGGGAUACUGGUUAUGGUUUCACAGAGCGGAGCAGAGAGGGCAGGGAUCAUGGAUUUCUCAAGAGUGAUGCUUUUUGGGAUUUUGAUAUGCCUCGUGUUGGUGUUUUGCCACAGAAGCAUGUUGGUGGUUUUGAUCAUAAGAGGGGACAGCUGAGGGGCAAUGAAGCUGGAAAGGUUUCCUCCAGUGAAGUUCCUAAGGUGGACUCUUAUGAUAGAAUGCCUGCAAGGGAAGGAAAUUCCUCCAGUUCCUCUUCAUGGAGGAAUUCGAAAGAUGGGUUUGGAGUUAAAGAUGCUGCUGGAAAUGAGAGAAAUGGGGUUGUUGGUGCAAGGCCGUCUAGUGGGAAUAGAGAUGUAGGGAAGGAUAACAAGUACAAUUCGGCCCCUUUCAGAGAUGUUGUUCAUGAUGAUUCUGGAAAGAGGGAUGUGGGAUAUGUUCAAAGUGGGAAACAGCCUUGGAAUAAUAUGGUGCAAUCAUAUGGUGAACGAAAUGGGAUGAGGGAUCGUUAUGGUGGUGAUCAAUAUAACAGGAAUAGAGUUGAUUCUGCUCAGAGCUCGGUGUCGAAGUCUUCAUUUUCUUUGGGUGGUAAAGGGCUUCCUGUUAAUGAUCCUUUGCUUAAUUUUGGCAGAGAGAAGCGCAAUUUGCCAAAGAGUGAAAAGACUUACUUGGAAGAUUUUGGAGCUUCUGCUUUUGAUGGGAAGGAUAUUUUUUCAACUGGUCUUGUUGGGGUGGUGAAGAAGAAGAAGGAUGUACUCAAGCAAACAGAUUUCCAUGAUCCUGUUAGAGAAUCAUUUGAGGCUGAGCUUGAAAGGGUUCAGAGGAUGCAAGAACAGGAGCGGCAGAGAAUCAUUGAAGAGCAAGAAAGGGCGUUGGAGCUAGCUCGUAGAGAAGAGGAGGAAAGAUUCAGACUUGCUAGAGAACAGGAAGAGAGGCAGAGGAGGUUGGAAGAAGAAGCAAGAGAGGCAGCAUGGAGGGAAGAACAAGAUAGGAUUGAAACUUUGCGGAAGGCUGAAGAGCAGAGGAUAGCGAGGGAAGAAGAGAAACAAAGAAUGUUUUUAGAAGAGGAGAGGAGGAAACAAGCUGCUAAACAAAAACUUAUAGAAUUGGAACAAAAGAUUGCUAGGAGGCAGGCUGAAGCCGCCAAAGGUAACAAUAAUGCUCCAGUUGUUGCCGAUGAGAAAAUGCCUGCAAAUGUGAAUGAAAGAGAUGCCUCCAGAGCUACAGAUUCUGCAGGUGAUUGGGAGGAUAGUGAAAGAAUGGUUGACAGGAUAUUAACUUCAGCAUCUUCUGAUUCAUCAAGUGUGAAUAGGCCAUUGGAGAUGGGCUCCAGGUCUCAUUUCUCUAGAGAUUUAUCUUCCAACUUUGCAGAUAGAGGAAAACCAGUUAAUUCAUGGAGAAGAGAUGCAUAUGAGAGUUGGAGUUGCCCAGCAUUCUAUCCACAUGAUCAGGAGAAUAGUCACAACAGUUCCCGUAGAGAUUCAUCCAUUGUUGGAAAGCCAUUUAUGAAGAAAGAAUAUAAUGGUGGUGCCGGACUUAUACCUUCAAGGACUUAUUAUAAAGGGGGAAUUUCAGAGCCUCAAUUAGAUGAAUAUGCUCAUGUUAAAGCCCACAGGUGGAAUCAACCUGCAGAUGGAGAUCAUGUUGGCAGAAAUACAGAGAUGCAUUCUGAUUUUAAUGAAAAUUUUGUUGAAAGAUUUGGUGAUGGUUGGCCACAGAGCCGUCCCCGUGGCAAUGCAUUUCCUCCAUUCACCGACCGUCCUUACCAGAACUCUGAAGCAGAUGGACCUUAUGCCUUGGGGAGAUCACGGUAUUCUGUCAGGCAGCCUCGUGUUCUUCCCCCUCCGCUUACUUCAGUUCACAGAACUUACAGGAACGGAAAUGAACACCCCGGUCCUUCUGCAUUCCUAGAAAGUGAGAUGCCGUAUAAUCAGGCAACAAGGAGUGACUCUACUCUGUCAACUGGUUAUGACAAUGGGAAUCAUGGGCAACCUGAAAUAGUUGAUCCACUUCAAGAGGUUGCUGAGAAUGAGGACCAUAAAGUGGAGGCCACACCAAGGUGCGAUUCUCAGUCUUCACUCUCUGUUUCGAGCCCCCCUAGUUCACCAACACAUCUCUCUCAUGAUGACCUAGAUGACUCUGGACAGUCUUCUGCGAUAUUGACUUCUGAAGAAAACAAUAGUGGCCACCUCUUGGCUCCAGAUAAUGAAUCCAUUGCAACACCUGCCACUGCUGGUAAAGAGAAUGUAGUUGCUUCGGGUGCUCUCUCUAGUGAUGAAGAUGAUGAUGAGUGGACUACAGAGAAUAAUGAGCAGUUCCAGGAACAAGAAGAAUAUGAUGAAGAUGAAGAUUAUCGGGAAGAAGAUGAAGUGCAUGAAGGAGAUGAUAAUGCUGACCUCCACCAGGAUUUUGAAAAUAUGCAUUUGCAGGAAAAAGGAUUGCCACACUUGAUGGAUAACCUAGUGUUAGGAUUUGAUGAGGGUGUUCAAGUUGGGAUGCCCAAUGAGGAGUUUGAAAGGACUUCGAAAAAUGAAGAAACUACAUAUAUGGUACAACAGGCUCCUAACAUCACUCUAGAAGUACCUUUUGACAAUGCAUGCAAUGAUGGCAAAGCCCUUCAACCUGUUGAAGAUACCUCUCAGGUGAAUCUCAAUAGUUCUUCUAGUGUAUUCCAGGAAUCAGUAAAGCCGACUCCAAAUGUGGCAUCUGAGAGUUUAAGUAAUGUGGAAGCUUCUAAUGGCCUUUCUGCCAAUCAUAGCACACCAUCUUCGGUUAUUAUUGGCCCGCACUACACAUCUUCAGGUCAAAUUGUUACAUCUGCUGCUCCAGGUCAAGCUGAGUUGCCUAUUAAGCUUCAAUUUGGUCUUUUUUCUGGUCCAUCAUUGAUACCUUCUCCAGUACCAGCCAUACAGAUAGGUUCUAUACAGAUGCCACUGCAUCUGCAUCCGCAGGUUGGUGCACCCCUCACUCACAUGCACCCAUCACAGGCUCCUUUAUUUCAAUUUGGCCAGCUUAGGUAUUCAUCUCCCGUAUCACAGGGGAUGAUGCCUCUGGGUCCUCAAUCAAUGUCAUAUGUUCAGCCUAAUAUCCCAUCUGGUUUCCCUUUUAAUCACAACUCUGGGAGUCAAAUUCCAGUUCAAAGUGCCCCGGAAACCUCCAAUUCCUUUAUUAAGAAAGAUAUCAGGCAUCAUUCUGUUCACGGCCAACCAGGUAAUUCAAGGAACUUAUCGCAUGGUUCACUGGCAAGUGAGAAUGCAGAAAAUAUGGCUGGAAUAAGGCAGGGACAAAUUUAUGCUCCUCCCCAUGAUGUUAAUAAUAACACUAGGAUUGCAACCAAUUUCCAAUUGGACAAGCGGGGGAGCCAAAAUGUAGUUGGAAAGGGCAGCAGUACUUCAUCCAAUGUUAAACAAUCAGACGUUCAGCCUCAUAUCAAAGUAGCAUCUCUUCAUUCAGUUUCAGAAGAGAAAGAUUUAAUGGAGUCAAAAACGCGGUAUCCUGUAUCUGGGGGUAGAGGACAGAGAUAUGUCUAUACAGUGAAAACUUCAAGCUCAAAAUCGUCAGGUCCAGUUCCAAGGGUAAAUCGCCCGGACUCCAGAGGAUUUAUGAGGAGGCCUAAUAGGAAUACACAGCGCACUGAGUUUCGAGUUCGGGAAAAUGCUGAGAAGAGGCAGCCUUCCAGUUCUGUUUCAACUGAUCAGUUUGGGUUGGACAAUAGAUCAAAUGUCACUGGAAGAGGAAUAGGCAUAUCUGGAAGAACUGGACCUAGGAAGUCUUUCACCGAUAAAUUGGGAAAACAGACAGUGGAGUCAGGUGGAGAAGAUUCACAUGGCUUAGAUUUUGGAAGCAGGGCUGGGAAUGUUGAACGAAAAGAAUCAACAAAGGCUCAGAGCAUUUCACAUUCUGGGCAUAGUAAUCUCAAAAGGAACUUGUGUUCUGAGGAAGAUGUUGAUGCACCAUUGCAAAGUGGAAUUAUACGUGUGUUUGAGCAACCUGGAAUUGAAGCUCCCAGUGAUGAAGACGACUUCAUAGAAGUCAGGUCAAAGAGGCAAAUGAUAAAUGAUCGGCGAGAACAAAGAGAGAAAGAAAUCAAGGCUAAGUCUCGGGUUGCAAAGGUGCCACGGAAAACCCGUUCAACUUCACGAAGUACUGUGACCAUGGCCAAUUCAAGCAAAGGAUCCAUUUCUACUGGAGAAGUGUCUAACUAUAGUGGUGCUGACGUGCAUGGGAUGACAAAGAGUGAAUCCUCAUCUUCUGGAUAUAAUUCAAACUUACUGUCCCAGGCAUUACCUCCAAUAGGCACGCCUCCUUUGAAAAUUGACGCCCAGCCUGAUUUAAGAUCACAGACGAACAGGUCACCUCAUACAAAUCUCCCAUCAGUUUCUGGUCGUGAAAAAGACCCUGGGUCUGGGGUGAUAUUUGAAAGCAAGAACAAGAUUCUUGAUAAUGUUCAGACCUCUUUGGGUUCUUGGGGCAAUGUGCAAAUUAGCCAACAGGUCAUGGCCCUGACACAGACACAACUUGACGAGGCUAUGAAGCCUCAGCAGUUUGAUUCACAGGCUUCUAGCGGCAAUUUGACAGGUGCUGUUAAUGAAUCCAACUUGCCAGCACCAUCCAUUUUGACAAAAGAGAAAGCAUUCUCAUCUGCUGCCAGUCCAAUAAAUUCCUUGCUAGCUGGAGAGAAAAUUCAAUUUGGGGCUGUGACAUCUCCAACUGUUCUUCCUCCUAGCAGCCGAGCUGUGUCUCAAGGCAUUGGCCCCCAUCGAUCAUCUAGAUCAGACAUGAAAAUAUCCCACAAUCUUGCUGGAUCUGACAAUGAUUGCGGUCUUUUCUUUGAGAAAGAGAAACAUGGCAACGGAUCUCAUGGCCAUUUAGAAGAUUGUGAUGCGGAAGCUGAAGCUGAAGCAGCUGCUUCUGCUGUUGCUGUUGCUGCCAUUGGUAGUGAUGAGAUUGUUGGUAAUAGAUUGGGUACUAGUUCUGUCUCAGUUUCAGAUGCUAAAAGUUUUGUAGCAGCAGAUAUUGAUAGGGUAGUAGCAGGUGUAGGAUGUGAUCAGCAAUCAGCAAGCAUAUCUAGAUCUGUGGAGCCUCUUAGUGUAUCCCUUCCUACUCCACCAAUUUCCUUGUGGCCUCCCUUACCAAAUACACAAAAUUCUUCAGGCCAGAUGAUUUCCCAUUUUCCUGCCGUUCCUCCUCACUUUCCUUCUGGCCCACCUUCUCAUUUUCCUUACUAUGAAAUGAAUCCUAUGAUGGGUGGUCCUGUGUUUGCUUUUGGACCACAUGACGAGUCUGCAUCUACAACACAGUCGCAGCCUCAAAAAAGUACUGCCCCAGCAUCAAGGCCAAUAGGGAGCUGGCAACAGGGUCAUUCUGGUGUGGAAUCCUUUUAUGGUCCUCCAGCUGGAUUUACUGGACCUUUUAUUGCUCCUCCUGGAGGCAUUCCAGGUGUCCAAGGGCCUCCACACAUGGUUGUUUAUAACCAUUUUGCACCCGUUGGACAAUUUGGUCAAGUUGGGUUGAGUUUCAUGGGCACCACUUAUAUCCCAUCUGGAAAGCAACCUGAUUGGAAACACAUCCCUACAACUUCUGCAGCAGGGACUGGUGAAGGGGAUAUGAACAAUAUGAAUAUGGCAUCUUCACAGAGGAAUCCUGCUAACAUGCCUUCUCAAAUUCAACAUCUUGCUCCUGGUUCGCCACUUCUGCCAAUGGCAUCUCCCGUGGCUAUGUUUGAUGUUUCUCCUUUUCAGCCCUCAACCGAUAUGUCAGUGCAAGCUCGAUGGCCACAUGUUCCUAAUGCACCACUAUCAUCCAUUCCUCUAUCGAUGCCAUUGCAUCAACAAGAGGGUGUUCAAACUUCUCAGAUGAGCCAUGGCCCGUCUGGUGACCAGCAACUACAUGUCAAAAGGUUUACCGGUUCUCGAACUUCAACAUCUUCUGACAGUGAUAGGAAUUUUCCUAGAGCAGCUGAUGUAAAUGUCAAUCAAUUACCUGAUGAACUUGGAUUAGUGGACACUUCAAACUCCACUGCUUCCAAGACUUCAGCUCAGGGUGUUAUCAACAAGACUCCAUCUGUGGUAACCAAUACAGAUGCUGCUGCCAAAGUUGAUUCUCAAACUGGAAAUAGAAGCAAUAUUAAUAACCAGAACGCAAGUUCUACAUACAAGACUCAGCCCUCACAACAAAUUAAUGUUUCUACCCAGCAGCAGCAUUAUGACCAUUCGUCAGGACAUAAUAAUUAUCAGAGAGGAGGUGGCGGUGCUUCUCAGAGAAAUAGUUCUGGUGGUGAAUGGUCCCAUCGUAGAUACCAUGGAAGAAACCAAUCUUUGGGUGGAGAUAAGAACUUCUCCUCGUCGAAGGUGAAGCAAAUUUAUGUUGCUAAGCAGACUAUUAGUGGGUCAUCAACAGUGUCAUAAGGUGUGCAAGCAAUAACUGCUGGAUUUGAAAGAAAAAAAACUUGGAAGGCUUUGUUCUUAAUUCUUGGUCUGGCGGGAAUAAAAUUUUGAUUAGCUUCUACUUGGGUUUAGGACAGGUUGAGUGUUAGAUUAAGAUUUUUGCUGGCUACAACAGAUUCUAUACCAUUCUUCCUGAUGAAGGCUGUGGUAGGGUUUGAUAGCUCCGUCAUUGUUGUCACUAUGUCAUUUUGCAAUUGCCAUCAAGCUUGGACAAUCUUUGUUUUCUUUGACAGUUAAAAAACCUAGAUAUUUAUUGGGUUUUGUGUAUCGGAAUCAUUAGCUGUCUUCAUAUAUUCUUUUUAUAAUUACAAGGAAGUAUCAGUUUUGAGAA